UUGCAGCUUUUCACAGAGGUGAAAGGGAAGUAUCCGAACAAGCUUGUUCGAAGAGCUCAGUUCCGCGAUCAACAUUUCGACGCCAACUGCAACCUCCUCUACCAUGAAGUCGACAAAGUUACCCAACGAGACAAGGUCACAGUUCUAUCCAACAUAAGAAUUACUCGGAAUUUGGAGUUGGAACUAUUGGGAGAGCAAGAUCUUGACCGUGAUGGAAUAUCUCAGGUCCAUUCAUUCCGCUCACUUUUGGAGCAAAUGCUGAUAUUGGAACCAGCGAAGCGAAUAACCUGUGGUGAAGCUAUUAAGCAUCCAUUCUUUUCCAUGAAGUAA